AUGAAUCUCGUUCCGGAGUUUGUUGGAAAAUCGUCGUCGGAGCUCUUUGGGGAGUAUUCCAUUCAACAACUUCAGGAAGUGAAGGACCAAUUGGCCAAAGAUGUGAACAGUAAGAAGCUGGAGCUGCGGUCGUUGGUUGGAAACAAUUAUAGAGACCUGUUAAAGGUUGCGGAUGAUAUCAUCCAGAUGAAUGAUCUGGCAACCCAACAGACGACCAAGAUGUCAGAUUUGACUUUUAAGAAGGCGUCGUAUUUCGAUAAACAGCUUCCGAACCUCACCAAGUUCGAGACGUUUGUGAGACAGCACGAUGAACAAGCUGCGAAGACCCGUAACAGAUCAGUUGUUUUGCGCAAUGUGGUUAGCCAUUUGGACUACUGUUUGGAAGUCUUACGGAGCGACGUCGAAGAACUGCAUAAGGGGACCCAAUCAUUUGAGAAUGAGGACGAGGAUAGCUCGCACGACGCGAUCUCUGCACAAUUUAUCCAACUCGGUAAACAGGUCUACCUGAUCCAGCAGUUCUUCUCAAACGAGCUUAAAAACGACAUUUUCACAGUUACAAAGUUUUACAAGCUGAAACAAUCAUUUCUGGAGGAUCUGGGCCAGCAGAUCGCCAACUCUGUUGGAGACAAUGAUAACGAGUACAUUCUAAAUCUGGUUGCAACAUACAUUUUCACUUCUCAGGUGAAGCCAAUAGAGGCAUUCGAAUGGUUUUUGGGUCUCCGUUUGGUGAAAAUCAAAGAGUUUGAGCUCGACACAGAUAUCUACACCUGUUUGAACUACGUUUUCAACACUCUCAAUUUCCUCGGCACUCUUCGUGCCAAACUAUCCACGAUCCUCAUGCGCCAGAUAUACAACUCAAGCAACUCCAACUGGACAGCCACUCCUCGUUUCAACAAGUACACUCGGUGGCUUGACAUCCCUGCCGAUUAUAAGGUGGAUUUCCCGUUGACGUUGGCAGAACUAAAGAAUAACUCCGAUAAACAGCUAGACAAGAUGUCAGACGAGUGGAAAAUCGAGGUUGGCAAGUGUUUCCACGAAAAACUUACUUGUGUGUUCUCCACUUCGUCAAAUUUUGACCAGCUCUCUGGGUCCCUCAGUAAGGUUCUUGGUUCGUUCAAGAAAUUCACGUCGCUGGUCGACAUCAAGUAUUCCCAAGACGACAAUCUGAUUGGAAACUUGCUUGAGACCUGGAAAACCGAGUUUUUGAAACUAUUGGGAGUCGAUAUCGACCUCUUCCAAAGCAUAUCCGAUCUGAUUUUGGAAACAUACCAAAACACAGACGUUUUGCAUUCCGUCAGAACAACAUCCGGUCUGAACCUGUUCAAGUACACCGACUUGUCUGACAUCGAUCUGUACAUUUCCCAAAUUUCGAGUCCCGCGUCGAGCACGAUCGAGUCGAUUGUGACGCGGUUGGUUCAAUUCAAGACUGCGCUUGCAACGGUGAUGGAGUCACUCCAAGGACUUGGAAAGCUCUCCAAUUCUUUGACAAAACAGGUGUUAUCUAUCGAUGACCAUGAGAACGACCAGUUCUGGGAAUCCACGUCCAAGUAUCUGAACAGUACUCUUGACGAAGGCAUUCAGUAUGUAAUCCAGAGACUGAAUGAACUUCUCAAAGGGUUCCUUGACCAAAUCACCCAACUGACCGAACAGGAAGAAGUCUCAACUGUUAAAUACUUCUACAUCAUCCGCAUUUUGUACCAAUUGAGAGAGAAGAUCGAUUUGGAAGCCAUUUACGACAACUUCAGAAGUCUCGCAGUCACAUCUCAAGAAAUCGAAACACUCGAUCUACCAAGUCUUGUGGACGAGCUGUUGGUCAAGAUAUUCAAACCAUUGGUGAGUUCAAUCUCCGCUCCAUAUAAGGAGUCCUUGCGCGAACUCGUCACCUCUCGUCCGUCUAAAAAGUACCCAGAAACCGGUCUGUGGGCUGUUGACGACGCAGAGAACCUGGUGCCCAACACUCCUUCGUUGGAGGUGGAGAACCUGAUUUACAAGCUAAGCGGAAACCUCACCAACGUUCAGGAUAAUCCAAAUGAGGACUAUGGAGACGUUUACUUUAGCGACAAGUUCUAUGACGCAAAAGUCGAGCUUAUAGACGAGCUUGUUCAAUGCUUGGCUACGGGGGAGCAGAAAGAGGCUGAGACAGAAAAAUCCGAGGAGGCGUGCGAGACACUGCCUGAACCAAGCAUAAACUCUCUGCUUACGUUUGCCGAUCUCGUAUUCCUAGCCUGCUUCAAGCUGAAAUCGCAUACAGAAAAUGAGCUGUCUGCAAUUGUGGGGAAGGUGGACUCCCGGGUUAUUGCUGCAUUGGUCGAGAAAAACGGACAUUUGGCCGACAAGCAGUAUCAGCAAGCCAUUCUGAAAGGUGUUUUAGACCAUUUCAAGAGCUGUAUGUUAAUGUUUGGCCCGUUGUACUAA